CACUACAUGGUCAUCAUGAAUUCCAAGUUCUGUGGCAUCCUGCUCCUGGGAUCCUGGGUAUUGAGUAUUUUUAACUCUCUAUUACAUGACUUACUGAUUUUGCGACUCUCUUUUUGCACAGAUCUGGAAAUCCUUCACUUUGUCUGUGAACUUAAUCAGGUGAUCCAACUUGCUUGCUCUGAAACCUUCCUCAAUGACCUGAUGAUCUAUCUCACAAGUGGACUUCUGGGUGUUGUUCCACUCACUGGCAUCCUGUUCUCUUACUCUAGAAUUGUCACUUCCAUUUUGAGAAUUUCAUCAGUGAGGGGCAAGUAUAAAGCAUUUUCCACGUGUGGGUCUCACCUCUCAGUGGUCUCUUUGUUCUAUGGUACAAGCCUUGGGGUGUAUCUGAGUUCUGCUGCUGCACAAAACUCCAGGACAAGUGCCAUAGCCUCAGUCAUGUACACAGUGGUGACACCCAUGCUGAACCCCUUCCUCUACGGCCUGAGGAACAGAGACAUCAAGCAAGCCCUGGGAAAGCCCUUUAGCAGAGGGACGUUCUCAGCACAUAAGAUUCUUUGUUUCAGGAUAAAGACUUGA